AUGGAGGCAAUUGCGCAGUCGUUCACCGACUACUACUACACGACGUUCGAUACCAAUCGCUCCGGAUUGGGCCCCCUCUACCGCCCCACUUCGAUGCUCACAUUCGAGGGCGCCCAAACCCAAGGCCAGGACGCCAUCGUCGAGAAGCUCUCCUCCCUUCCCUUCCAGACGGUCAAGCACCAGGUGUCCACGAGGGACUGUCAGCCCACGGGCGAUGGUAACUCCCUCGUUGUCGCCGUGACGGGACAGCUGCUGGUCGAUGAUCAGCAGCAGCCAUUGAAUUUCAGUCAGACGUUUAUCCUCAACCCGGACGGAGCUGGGUCGUACUACGUCUUCAACGACCUCUUCCGCCUCAACUACGGCUGA